AUUAAGAGAAGUUGUUACGAAUAAGUCGUAAUGAACAAUGAUUAGGGAGUAUGGGUAGGUAGAAUGUAAUUCCAUUGUAGUUUUAACAGUGGAUUAAUUAGUGACGCCAUGGUUGGUGAUAGGAAAAAAAUUGCUACAAUUCUCACAGUUUAUUUGGAAGAUUGGUAUACUGUUCAGUAUUCAAAGUACUGGUGAACUGAUUACUACUGUUUUUUUCGAUCAACGAUAUCUUCAAUAACACGCUGCUGAAUGAAUAUUUAUAAGCCUUCAUAGCUACAAUAAAUUAUCUACACAAAACUUUGUAUUUACUAUACAAAACAUAUCUAAUGAAAAAGCUGCACAUGAGCAUUUUAUAAAACAAAUUUGAUGUUAGUUUGUUUAUUUAUUAUUCGGCAACAGUGUAAUACACACAGCCGCAUGUUACGGACGUGGAUAGAUUGGGUUGGACAGAUGUCGUUUGGCAUCUGCUUGCGUUCUGUUGAUAUUGGCUUCAGCAUCAGCGAUAUGGAUCGUUUUUGGAAUAAAGAAACUCGAAAGGAUAAUGUUUCUCAAGAUCCACCAUGUGAAUAUUCUAAACGCAAUGCUUCCAGUGGGUAGUGUUGCUGGUACAAUAAUAUUCGGCACAGCGGCGGAAUUAUCGGGGAGAAAAAUAACAUUGCUAGCAAUAGCAGCGACUUACGCAAUAGCAUUCAUUGUUUUCCAGUUUGUUAAAUCUUUGACAGUUGCUUGUAUUGGUAGAGUGAUCGCAGGAUUAGCUGUAGGAGGAAGUUACAUCGUUUUACCUAUUUAUAUAGGAGAAAUAUCUGAACCAUCUUCCAGAGGAAAGAUGGGUUGUAUGAUGACUAUAAGCUCUUUAAUAGGCUACUUAGUAUGUUAUUUAAUCGCUAAUUAUUGUACGUACACUAUAUAUAAUGUAGUAGCAAUAUCUCUAUCACUAGUUUUCAUCCUGACGUUUAUUUGGAUAGGAGUGGAAUCACCGUAUUAUUUUUUAAGAAGACAACAAGAUGGAGAUCAAACAGACAUAACUCAUUUUGAGAAUGGUAAUAAUAUACAUAGAUUACUGUACUUUAGAGAACAAAAAUUUAUGACCUGUUGUCGAUCAGCCGUUUGGAUAAAAUCCUUAAUGAUGAUGAGUUUGCUGAUUCUAAUCCAUCAUUUUUCUGGAGUUAGUAUGAUUCCAAUUCUUUUACAAUAUGUUGAUUCAUACCUAGGAUCAAGAAAUUUUAGCUUAGACCAGAAAAUCAUAUUGAUAAUAUCAGUCGGUCUGGAGAUAGUUGGAACAAUCGUUUGUACCUUACUAGUGGACAAGUUGGGCAGAAAACCAUGUUUGAUAAUUUCGACUGUAUGCAUAGCAUUAUUUUAUGCACCAAUGACCAUACUAAAUGCCAUCAGAACAAAAUAUUUGGAUGUUAAUCAAGUGCCUGCUUUGACUAUCCUAUUUUUAGUUAUGUUUUUAAUAUUUUUUAAUUGUGGAAUAGCUCCUAUACCACGUAUUUUAUUAGGAGAGAUUUUUCCAAUGAAAAUUAAAAUGUUUGCUGCGGCAUAUAUAGUUAGUUUGCAACAAAUAUCAGUGUUUGUUGUCACAAAUUAUUUCCAGCAAAUUUCAUAUUUUAUUGGUUAUAAUACUAUUUUAUUCAUAUUUUUUGGAUCUAUGACCCUAGCACCUAUUUUAAUACAUUUUGGAAUUUUCGAGACUAAAGGUAAAAGCUUACACGAAAUACAAAUUGUUUUGAAAAAUUAUUGACUUAAUUCUAUUCAUAAGUCGUAUCGAAUUAUUUAAGUGGACCAUAUUAAAUUUUCCCAAAACCAACAAUGGUUACUAAUAAAAGAACAUUUUCAUGACUUCACUAAGUAAUAUUCACUGAUUGAUGAUAUAUUUAAUCAGAACAUGUAUCUUUAGGAAUUAUCGGAGCCUAUGAUCACAUUUCUAAUAGAUCACCUAACAACUAAUUACUUUAGAUUCGUACAGUAACUUUUCCAAGCUAAUUCAUGUUUUAUAUUCUAGCUAUUCAAUAAUUAUUAGUGGGCACGAUAUAUCUGGAUUCUAGACUUAACUUUGAUACCAAUAAACUAUUCUUAUGUUGCAAAUUAAAAAUUUACAGAAACCAGCUGUCUAUUAUGUUGCUCAUACGAAUCUACCUUACAAAAUCAUACAUACAAAAACAAAACAAACAACUCGACAGCUGAUCGCAUUUACGGUAGAAAUGAUUUUAUAAUAUAGAAACAUGAUAUGAAUUACUUUCAGAUCGUGAUCGCAUUAAAUCGAUCAUAAUUUCUGCACAGACCUUUUGUAAAACGUGUUUUGAAAAGGCAUGAAAUUGCUGACAUCCAUUAAAAGUGACUAUUUCUACUAUGAAAAUGUUAUUGAAAAUGAUAAUUCUUAUGUUGAAAGACAUAUACACAAAACAGCUUUUGGUCAUAGUUUCGUGAUGUACUCUUCAAAUUAUGAUAAGUAACCAUUUAAGGUGAUGAGUAGAUUGGUAUUCAAUAUCAUGAAUUUUAAUAAUUUGAAUUUUUUUCUAUAGAAAAAUGCGAAAGUAUGCGAAACGACAUUACAUUGAUUUCAAAAAUAGGAAAUUACAUCAACUUUCUAGCGAGGUUAUAGUUCUUCCAAUAUCAAUUGCAGAUUAUUAAAACCUUUGCCCACUAUUUUGUUUGAUCUACCAUAUGCUUAGAUAACUCAUUUUAUGAAUUUAUUAUUUUUAUAAAUAGAGAAAGUAUUCGUUAAAAGGCAAUCGAAUCAUUAUAAAUUGGAUGGAAUUAACUUGCACACAUGUACCUUCCUAUACAGCUGAGCCUUUUUUCUACCCCAUUCGUUUUCUUUUCUGGAAAAAGAAAUUUGAAAGCAAAAACCAUAAACAAAAGAAUUUUUUUCAAAAUGAAACAGAAUCUUUUAUUCAGUUUUUUUUUUGUUUAAAACCACAUGCUGACAAAACUUGACGCAAUGUUUCUGAACUGGUAUAAUUGUAUUCCGGAUAAUCUGCUACGCUAAUUAAUAUCACCACGCCACUACUUAUCGCAGAUUUUUUGGCAGGAAUACUUCGAAGAAACUGUGUACAUUGGCCUUCUGACAGCUUCGGCCAAUAGAAAUGCAAUUAUGUUUACGAUUCGAUGUAGAUUUCAUUGGUAAACAGAGUCCACGUGGACUGACGGUUUGUUAGAUUUUGACAGAAUUUUAUACGGGGAGUUAACAUUCUUUUUCAUAUCUUAAUUUGGUAUAACUGCCUUCUGCAAUUGAUAUAGGAAGAGCUAUAAAUACAAUCCCUAAAUUAUUAAAUAGAAGUAUGUUAUGAUUUAUAUUUGAAAUUAUAUAUAUUCUCUUGCUUAAAAUCAUCAUUGAAAAUAUUGUCUACCUUCUAAUAAUUUUAUAGCCUAGAUUAUUUUUUGUGCUAAAGUAGCAUAAUUAUGAAUUAAUCAACAAAUAAAUAUGACGUGUUCUUACAUAUUUUAGAUAGACCGAAAUAUAUUGGCGUAGUUGCCAAACUUACACUUAUGUACUAUAGUUGUUUCAUCAACUAUGUAAUAAAGGUAGCGGCUUUUAUAUACUUAUCAAGUUAUGUUCAAAAUUUAACAAAUCUAUCACUCAGGGAAAGAUAAUUAAUGUAAUCAUUCCAUUUACUGGAUAUCUUUAUUGAGUUUUUGUUUCUCAAACAAUUUCUUUCAUUUUUGCAAUGUUUUAUGAAACUUAUUUUUUAAUAUAUUGAAAUUAUUGUU